CGGCCGACUUCCGGCGUGGGUACGGGUCGGCGCACGUGGUCUCAGUUCGUUUGACUUUGCGGAGCCAUGGAGGGUGGCUUCGGCUCGGAUUUCGGGAGCUCCGGUGGCGGCAAGCUGGACCCGGGGCUCAUCAUGGAGCAGGUGAAGGUGCAGAUCGCCGUGGCUAACGCUCAGGAGCUGCUGCAGAGGAUGACGGACAAGUGCUUCCGGAAGUGCAUCGGGAAGCCGGGGGGCUCCCUGGACAACUCGGAACAGAAGUGCAUCGCCAUGUGCAUGGACCGCUACAUGGAUGCCUGGAACACCGUGUCCCGCGCCUACAACUCACGGCUGCAGCGGGAACGAGCCAACAUGUGACCCCGCCGCGCCCGGCCCCCACCCCCCAUUCCAUUUCCAUAAAUGCUCUCUGCGAAGCGGGGGCCCGCUCGUGCAUCCUGCCUGCCCGUGCUUCUGAGGAGGAGACUGGCGCCGCGACGCUGGGACGUUGCUCCCCUCCCGCCUGCCAGCAAGCGCAGCGUGGGUCUCGGGGGGCCCUGGGACCUCGCCCAGUGCCGGCAGCCCGGCGGCACGUGCCCUGGUGUGCACCAGCUCACCUCGUGCCUUGGGCGGAGAAUCCGCAUUUGGACCUGGGGUGCGGUCAGGCCCCACCUGAGCUGUGACCUCCUGACGUGGGCGGCCAAUAAAUGAGGGAGGGGCGGAGAGAA